GGAGCUGGAUGGUCUGAAGAGAGGAGCUGCUGGCCUUUCCUGGGAGCCCCCACAUUUCCCAGUGAGGCAGCACCAUGCUGGCUCCAAAGAAAGGCCUCCUGUGCAACCUCAACCACAUCCACCUGCAGCACAUCUCCCUGGGGCUGCACCUCUCGCGCCACCCCGAGCUCCAGGACACGGAUGGCUCCACCGGAGGGGGAGACCAGACCGGCUGCACCCACUGCCCGGAGAACCGGGAGCCGGUGGAUGCCAAUUCCAACAAUCCCUCCGUGAAAUGCCGGUGCUGUGAGUCCCACGCUCCAGAGCCGGAGACGCUCGGGCUCCAGAACCAGGCAGUGCAAGAGGAUUUCCCCUGCCUGCACAGCGGAGACGAGGAGGAGGCGGCUUCCCCUUGUGAUCCCCCUUGUGAUCUGGCUUCUUCCUCCUCCUCCUCCUCCUCCUCUGUCAGUAGCUGCUCGGAUUUCAGCUUGGAUGACUCCCCAGUCUCGGUGUACUGCAAGGAGUUCGCCAGGGAAGAGUCCCAAUCCCCUGACCAGCAGCUGAACGUCAUUCCCAUAGAAAACGCCCAGGAUGGCGAAUCUCUGGCAGAGCAGGACAGGACGUGCGAUGGGAGAGAUGCCAACCACAACUCCCCGGUGCUCCGGAGAGCCACUGCCGUGGCCAGCAAGAGCCCAGACAGCCUCUGCAGCGACAACUCGCUCGACUCCCGCUGCGAUGAGCUCUCUCCCAGCACAGCAGCGCAGGAGACCUGCUCUGACCUGGACCCCAACUGCAACCCCCUCCCCGAGCCCGAUGCUGCCCCUCCAGCACCGCCGCCCGUGCCGGAACGGCGGCACCCCGAGAUCCCCAGCAGCGCUCCCGAGCCGCGGCCCCGGCCCGGGGGGCUCCCCCCGCCCGUGCCCCCUCGGCCCCGGCGGCGGCUGCAGGUGCUCAAUGCGCUCGGGCCAGCAGAGCCCAAGGCCGGCCCGGGCGAGCUCUGCAGAGACGCGGGCACCAAAACCAUCACCUCCUUCCACGAGCUGGCCCAGAGGAGGAAGAGGAACGUGGCUGUGCCCACAGUCGCCCAGGCCAGGGUUGACCGCAGCGACUGGCUGAUCGUGUUCUCGCCUGACACGGAGCUGCCCCCCACCAGCGAGCUCCUGGGCCAGGAGCCAGCCCGGCCCCAGCCCCAAACCCAGGAGGACGGGCCAGCGAGGCCUCCCGGCUCCAGACAGAGAGAGGUGACAACCUUCAAGGAGCUGCGGUCCCGCAGCGCCGCCAGGCAGCCCAAGGGCCAGCGGGCAGAGCCGGCCCAGCACCCCGCUGUGCCCCCGGGCACGGGCACGGGCACGGGCUGGGGACCCCCCGCUCCCACGGGGGGACAGGCGCUGGCACCCAGUGACAGCCACCAGCUGAGAAGGAGACCCCGGCCCAGCCUGCAGCCCAUCGCCGAGGGGCAGCCCAGGGACGUGGAGCAAGGGGGGCUGCCCGCAGGGGAAAAGGGGCUGGGCCCCGCCGCGCUGCGGAGGCUCGGGGACCCCGCGGUGCCACGGGCAGCCCAGAGAGGAGACGAGGCCAGCACGGGGGCCUCUUCUCUCCUCUCUUCUCUCCCUCCGUCCCCAGCGCUGCUGGUCGCCGUCAGCUCCGCCGUGGACAAGGUCAUCGCUCACUUCAGCACCGCACGGAACGUGGUGCAGAAGGCCCAGCUGGGGGACAGCCGGCUCAACCCCGACGUGGGCUACCUGCUGCUGCACACGCUCUGCCCUGCCCUCUACGCCCUGGUGGAGGACGGGCUGAAGCCCUUCCAGAAGGAUGUCAUCACAGGCCAGAGGAAAAAUUCCCCCUGGAGCGUGGUGGAAGCCUCUGUGAAGACAGGCCCCAACACCCGCUCCCUGCACUCCCUGUGCUGGCACGUGGCCGGGCUGGCCCCCCUCAGCAGCACCAGGCAGAAGUUCCAUGCCUUCAUCCUCGGCCUUCUGAACAUUAAACAGCUGGAGUUGUGGAUAUCUCACCUGCAGAAGAGCCCAGGUGUGAUCUCUGUGCUUUACUCACCCACGGCCUUCUUCGCCCUGAGCCAAGGCCCUCUUCCCCACCUUGCUGACGAGCUGCUGCUGCUCAUCCAGCCCCUCUCGGUGCUGACUUUCCACCUGGACUUGCUCUUUGAGCACCACCACCUCUCCGUGGACGUCCGGCCCUUGUCCCGCCGCCUGGAGUCGCCGCUGUCACCCCGUCCCGGGGCCGCGUCUCGGGAGGCUCAGGGUGCUGCUGCCAGGGACAGCCUGGAGGAUGAGACCCCCCCCGAUGCUCUGGGCAGGGUGGGGGGCACAGGGGGCAGCACAAGGGCUCGGUCCCAAGCCACCAUGGGUGGGCUGGUCCCUGCCCCCCCAGUGGGGGCUGCCCUGCAGCAAACCUGGCAGCACGUGCUGCGCUGGGGCGACCAGCUCAGCCGCACCUUGCUGGGAUCUGACACCCCCCCUGAGGGUCACGGGCCUGAGGAGGGCACUGGGGGAACUGGGGCUGGCCUCAGUGGCUGGUGGGGCCAGCUGAGCCAGAGCUCCAGGAUUUACACUGCUCCUAGCAAGGAGAAGUUCCCCUUGGUCUGGUGGACAAAGCUGCGGGCGGCUGCGGGGGAUCCCAGCCCGGGCCAGGCUGUGCAAUCCCAAACUUCCAGAGGCACCGAGCUGCAGCUCCUUCAGACCAAAGCUGUCCCUGAAUGCUCCGGCCCAAAGCCCAGCAGCAGCACUGACACCUCAGGCACCUCUUCCCCUGAAGACCUCUUCUUGCCCACUGCAACUGGAGCACUCACCAAGCUGGAUGAUCCCAGUGCUGGAAAGAAUCUCCUGGCUGCUUCCCCAGAGCCUCCUGCCGGCAGGAACCAGGCAGCACCUCCUGGCCCAGAGACGGGUAACCCUAAUCCUGACAAGGGCAGCUGGCUGGGCCGGCUCUUUGGAGCCACCAACCCCUCAUCCAGGAGCUUCUCCCCCAGCCCUGACACCGUCUUGGCCAGGUCCAGGAGACCAUCCCGCUGGCUGUGCCCCAGCCCCGUGCUGGCCGGGGUGGUGAAGGGUCUGGCGCCGGACCGGAGCCGCGCUCCGCAGCAGCCGGGCGGGAGCGGCCCCGCCCCGCCCCAGCCCCGCAGGGCAGUCCGGGCGCUGUGUGACCACACGGGCACCGCCGACGGGCACCUGAGCUUCCACAAAGGAGACGUCCUGGAGCUUCUCUCCACUGUGGAUGAAGACUGGAUCCGCUGCUGCCAUGGAAACAGCACCGGCCUCGUUCCUGUUGGUUACACGUCUCUGAUUUUGUGAGGAGGAGGAAGGAAGGGACCUGAGGAAGCAGCUGAGCUUUGCCGGAGCGGGUGCCAGCCCUGGGAGUCUCCUGCCACGGCUUUGCCACCUCCAGGGCUGGCAGCUCCCAGGGGACCCUGCCCUGUGCCUGUCACUGCUGCAUGAUGUCACCGUGUGCCACCGUGUCGCCCGGACCCGCUGGCGCUGAGCCGCGGCUCCUCUUUGGGAGGAGCUUUUUUUGGGAGCUGCUCUGGCUCGUUCCUCAGCUGCUGCUGCCCAUCCCUGUGCCAGGGACGGCUCCUUUCCCUGCCCGGACCUUGCACUGCCCCGUGUCACCUCCGUGCCCUCGUGUCCUGCCACCGCUGUCACCUCCUCGUGCCCUGCUCUGCCCCGGGGCCAGCACUCUGUAAAUAAUUGUAACCACAGCAAUGAGCUUGGUUUGUUCCACGGGGGGGAAAAAAAAAAAAAAAA